AUGAAAGCCUCAAGUUUGUGGCUGGUCCUGCUCGCGCAGGUCGUUGCCUCAUCGGCUGCGCAAUACCCACGGGACCGACACAAUGCGCAGCCGCCCUCAACGGGACGAGAUGUUGCCCAGGGGGGCGAGCCGCCCGAGUUCUCCAGACAGCCCGGUGCGGAUCUCGUCGACGCUGCCAUGACCGAACUACGCAAGAUUCACAAUCCCGCCCACGAGAAGAAACACCGGCGCAAUGGCAUUUUCGGUCUGGUUGUGCGAUAUGCAUGGAAGGUUCUCCCCAGUCUCACCAUCAGCGCGCCACCGCAGCAAGAUGCGACGCACCGAGAGAUCAGCGGACCGUUGCUCGAGGCAGUCAAGCUGCUGGAAACUUCCGCACAGAGCAACAACUCUGAUGCCCUCUUCCUCUUGGGACAGAUGAACUUCUACGGCAACUACUCGCACCCGAGGAACUUCGAGAGAGCGUUUGACUAUUACAAUCGCCUAGCAGACUGGAAUGGAAAUAGCUCUGCCAUGCAUAUGCUUGGUCUCUUCUACUCGACCGGCAUUGGAGGGGCGGUGAAGCCGGAUCAAGCCAAGGCUUUGCUCUACUAUACGUUUGCUGCCAUUCGAGGCGAGACGAGGGCGGAAAUGACGGUUGCUUUCCGACACCAUAGCGGUAUCGGUACGCCAAAGAACUGCGAGGCAGCGGCCAAGUACUACAAGAGGGUCGCGGACAAGGCUAUCGCGUGGCAUAGAUCCGGCCCUCCCGGCGGGAGAGCCUGGUCGCAUGAGACAUACCGCAUCGCCGAUGAAGCUGGGGGCGUGUAUGGCGAAGGAGCCAGUGCGUCUAGCUCUGGGAUCAAUGCCAUUCGGGCUCACCCGGGCUCGGAGAGCUACGCUUCGAUCGAGGAUGUCAUCGAGUUCUUCGACCUCAUGUCGCAGAAGGGAGACUUCAAGGCAUCCUUCAACCUGGGUCGUCUAUACUAUGAGGGCCAGCGAGGCCUCGAACCUGAUCUCAAUCUGGCCCGGAGAUAUUUCGUGAUGGUUGUCACCAAGUAUUGGAAGAAGGACGGGAGGGUCGUCGAAAACUUCAAGCCUGGCCUGGACAAGACCGCAGCCAGAGCAGCUGGGUACAUCGGGCGCAUGUACAUGCGGGGAGAUGGUGUUGACCAGAAUUUCGAGAGGGCAAAGACAUGGUUCGACCGUGGCAUUGCACAUGGUGAUGCCCAGUCUCAGUACUGCAUGGGCCUUUUGCUUAUGCACGGCUAUGGAGGCUUCAAAAGCAUGAGUCGAGCAGCUGAGCUGUUCAAAGCAGCCGCGGACCAGGACUUCGGCCCGGCACAAGUGGAGCUUGGUGCUCUGUACCUGGACCAAGGCACCCCCGAUGACGUUCGUAUUGCCAACGACUAUUUCGAAGGUGCCGCGAGAUACGGGAACGUUGAGGCGCAAUAUUACCUAGCGGAAAUGAUCCACCAUGGCGUAGGACGCGACAAAGCUUGCGGUCAAGCCGUUGCGUUCUACAAGAAUGUCGCCGAGAAGGCUGAGCCAUUGGUUUCAUCAUGGGUUGAAGCCAAUAUUGCCUAUGCCGAGGGUGACUACGAACUUGCUCUUCUCGACUACCUUGCGGCCGCAGAACAGGGCUACGAGAAGGCCCAGACCAACGUCGGGUUCAUUCUGGACCCCCAAAAGUCAUCCGUAUCUCUGUCAUCAUGGCUGUUCCAGCAAAAGCCCAAGUCCGGGCUACUGCAAAACCCUUCACUUGGGCUGAUACACUGGACGCGAUCCUCGCGACAGGGCAACAUCGAUUCCUUAGUCAAGAUGGGCGACUACUACCUGUCUGGCAUCGGCGCGGAGCCAGAUGUCGACAAGGCUGUGCAGUGUUAUACGGGUGCGUCAGAAUACCACCAAAGCGCGCAGGCCUUGUACAACCUCGGGUGGAUGCACGAGAACGGCGUGGGCCUCAACCAAGACUACCACUUGGCAAAGCGCUACUAUGAUGCUGCCCUAGCUACGAAUGAGGAGGCCUACCUGCCGGUCACCCUCAGCCUCCUGAAGCUCCGCGCGAGGAGUGCAUGGAACACCUUCACGCACGGCCGGAUCAACUCUAUCCAAGACGAGCCGGCCGUGAAGAAGGACUGGUCCUUCAGCGAGUGGAUUGCAAACUUCCUCUCGGACGAGAACCUCUACUGGGACGAUGACUUUGACGACUAUGACAGCUCCAUGCCCGGAGGCGACGGAGGAGCCAUGCCGGAGGACAUCGACGAUGGCGUCAUGGAGAGUCUGGUCAUUGUGGGGCUGGCUGCCGCCCUGGCGUUCCUAGUCUACUACCGACAGCAACGGCAGCAGGCGCACCAGAGGCAGGAGGAGGAGGCGAGACGCCGUCAGCAGGGGGACCAGGGGGGACAGGUUGUCGGAGGAGGCGGAGCGCCGGCGCCGCAGCAGCCCGAUCGGGGCAUGUUUCCUCGGCCCGGAGACCCGGAGUUUGCGAACUGGGUGGCUGGAGGGAUUGGGCAUUGA